UGUUUCCCCACGCCCUGACCAAAGGUUCUGGCCGGCUGCGACAUGGCGUUGACAGAGUCGGGGGCGAACGCGCUGCAAAACGCCAUGAAGUUGGCGAGAGUCGCGAUCCAGCUGGACACGGAGAGCAGGCAGAAGGAAGCUUAUUGCGAGUACCUGAAGAGCAUAAACUUUAUUUCACAAGCUUUAAUAGAAGAUGCCCAAACAAAAGACGAGGUGGAGCUAGUAACACCUGAAGUGCAGAAGAUGCUGAAGUUGGCCGAUCAGUGCUUAGAAAGAAUUAAAACCACAGCUGCUAAACUCGGUAAAGUGGAAAAUAAGCCUGCAGCAAGCCAAGACACCAAGCCUUCAUACACACCAAGUCAUCGUAGAGUUGCCUCUGAUGGGGGAGGCACUACUACAUCAUUUGUACCUCCUGAAGCCUUCAACAAAAUGCAGAUUCCAGAAACACUAAUAACCAAAAGAGAACUUACUCCAUUGGAAGAAGCAUCGAGACAGAACCAGAAGUUAAAGGCUGCUUAUGAGGCCCGGAUGGCACGGCUGCACCCUAAGCAGGGCAUGCAGAAAACAUCGUUGACAUUGUCUCUUCAGCGGCAGAUGAUGGAGAACUUGAUCAUUGCACAGGCAAGACAGGCAGCACUGCAAAGAAAGAUGGAAGAACGGAGACUGAGACUUCAAGAAGAAGCCAACAGGAGGUUUUCAAACAGUGUUACACUGACCCCUGAAGAGGAGGAACAAAGAAAUGUAUACACAAGCAUUUUAGAGUUUGAACAAGACCACGAGUGGCCUAAACAAUGGAAAAUUAAAUUAAAAUCACAACCUAAUGACCAUGUACUGGUGGCUGGCCUUUUAUCCCAAAUACUGAGCAGUUCAGAAUAUCCAAUCACCCAAUUACUGAAGAAACUGCAAUGUCGGAUCUACAGCAAGCUCUACCCUAUUGUAAAUAAACAUUUUUCAGACCUGUCUAGUGUUAAUGAACUGGAUGCAGGCACUGCAUUGUAUACAUCCCUUUCCCAGUAUUCACUGAGGACAGAUGUGACAUCUUCAUUCAACAAGGGAAGCCGGUUAAAGUCUUCCAAAAGUGCAUGCUGCUUGGGUUCUGUUCAAGAUCACAAAAUAAAUCAUGGCGGAUUAAGACACAGUUCCUCUGUUAGCUCGGUGGCAUUCACUGAAUAUCAAAAUGCAAAUUUGGAUGUUAGUGAGCAGAGUGAACUGGCACAAAAUGUUACAGAUCAGCAGAUCAUCUCAACAACUGUUACACCAGAUCUGAUAGCUGAUAAAGACAGCCCCUUUGAAGACUUGGAACACUAUGUGAUGAAAUUUGAGCAACGGCCAGGAAACAUUAUCGAUAACCUGAUGCAGGUGACAAACGCUGAUCAUCUUCACCAAAUGGAAGAUAUUCCAUUGCAAAAUCACCUGAAGAAUAUUGUAACAGAUGUACAUAAUUCAAUAGACAGGUUACUGUCCUUGUGUAUUCUGGCUUUUGAACCUCUCAACACUGCUGCUGGGAAAGACCAGUGUUUGGCCAGCAUUGAGGAGACUUUGUUCCGGCCUAUCUGGAUGUUCCUUCUGACUCUGUUUAGAAAAGUGAAUGUACAGAGGGAAGUAGCUCUCGAAAAGAGCAUGAAAUUAUACAAGACCGCUGGCCCAGCAGAUAUUGGUGUUGCAGCUAAACUUUUCCCCAAGGAAUCUGUUUCUUCAAGUGAUUCCUAUCCUUAUGAAGUGGCAGUGCAAGAGUUAAGGUUAAUAACCAAAGAAUAUUGUCCACAAAAAAAGCUUGAAUGUAUUGUAAGAACACUGCGUCUUAUCUGUGAGUGUGCUGAACAUUACUGCAAUUCUAAGGAGGCUGGCACCCUGCAUGUUGCUUCUGCGAUUGGUGCCGAUGAUCUGCUACCAAUUUUGUCUUACGUAGUGCUGAAGAGCAACUUAACGCAGCUCAUCUCAGAGUGUGCAGCUUUGGAAGAAUUUAUUCAUGAAGGGUAUUUAAUUGGUGAAGAAGGCUACUGUCUGACAUCAAUGCAGAGCGCUCUCUCAUACGUGGAAUCUUUAUCCAGAGGAUGAAUCCUAUAGUUUACAUUCAUACAUUUACUAUGAAUCUUCAAGAAUAGCUUCUUGUUACACUUACUAAUGGUUUAUUUUUGUAUUUAAUUCAUUGGAUUCAUGGCACUGUUCUUCACGGAUAUAUAAAAUAAGUUGAAGCAUUACAUUUUUUGGGACAAUCAUUUUGGUGUUGCACAGAAUAAUUUCACUAUAAAAUUAAUCUCUGUAUAUGACAUUGUUAGGGUAAAAUAUUGUGAUUGCUUGAGGGUAGUAAUGUAAAACUGCACUGAGGGAAGCAAGAAAAUUUAAUAUCACAUACUAAUGCUGGAGAACACCACUACACACUGGUGAGCAGUAGAGCUAGAGAAGUGCACACUCCAUCCUGCACCAGUGCAGGCAUUGCAUUUCCAGCGAAGUUGAUUUUGUUCUUAGGUUCUACCUUCUCAUGUAUUGUAAUAUAUUUAAACCAAGUGUUUUAAAGUUUUUUUUAAUAAUAUAUUCUAAGUCAGCAGAUUUGUUUAUUUUGUAUUUUGUCAUAGUUAUUUAAAAUGGAAAGAAGUAAUUCUCUUAACAGGAAUGGUUAAUCAGACUUCUAGCACUCUAUCUUCCAGUGCUGCUUUGCAAAACUUUGAGCGCACGCCUCAGAAAGUGGAAGACAUGUACCAAGAUCACAAAGAUUUAUACUGUUGUUCCUAUGAAGAAUGCAUGCCUUAUGUUCCUGAUGACUUAUAAAUAUUUUUUAUGUUUUUCUUUUACACUUUGUUUUAUAUAUUUAUAUAAACAUUUCGAGGGGGGUGUAUGGGGAAAGUUGAAGCAAUUGUCAAAUAUCGUUCUGCUGCAUGUGUCUCAUGUCAUGUCUAAAAUUAGUCAUGCUAGGAGUUUAAGUGCUCCUACCUAGAACCCAGAAUCUGAUCGAUCAACUGAAGAGGCUAUGCUGGGAAUCCUCUGGAAGUUGUAAAGUGGUUGUCAGCUAUUUUCUCUCACAUGUUUGUGCUUUAGUGAUGGUAUGGAUUUAUUUUAUUUAAAUCACAUGAUGGAAUAGCCACUCAACCACUGACCAUUUUCCCAAUAAGCUUUCAGGGGAAAUCAAAAUGAAAUAAAUUGGCAUGUCUCUUAGCCAAAAGAGAAGGGUUUUGCAUAGUAAUCCUUAGUGGAUCCAUAAAGGCAAGGCUGCAUGCUUUCCUGUUUACAUACAGGAGAAACCACUUUUAGCAAUGCUCUUUUCAUUUCCCUCACACAUCACCAUUGAGUUACAUGCAGAUUCAGCAAUAUUUACCUAUUCAACAAAUACUGCUGAUUGAAUUGUGUGAAAAGGCUCCAUGUAGUUGAUUCUUGUACUUUUUAAAAUGUUGAAUAUUAUGUAUGUUUUAUAUGACUAGUUGUUUCUAGUACAGUAAAGACCAGAGGUUAAUCAUCCCU